CCCAUCAACCUCUACCAAGGCAGCCAGUCACCCUCAAGUCUAGUAGCACCAAAGAUACCUCCGCUCCCUAGCUCACCAUCCCUACCUCACAACAUCGGCAUGGACGACACCGGCAACUCGGGGGUCAACGGUGACGACGUGCUCAAUUCCUACCAUCUGCCUCGACCGCUACCCCUAUGGCUCAACGCGCAAUACGCGAAGCACAUCGUCAAGGGUAACUUCAUGACCCUGAGCGCGCGGCCCAAGACGGUGGAACAAGGAGAGUGGAUUGCGCACCAAGUGGUCGAGCACUAUCGCAACCUCUGGAACUUUGUACGAGUGAUUCACGAGAAGGAGGAGGACGGGACGUCCAUCUGCAAUCCUCAAUCCUGUCCUCGCAUGUCUGCCGGCGCAAAUCAUUCAUUCACCUGGCUGAAUGGAAAGCAUGAACCCGUCGAGCUACCGGCUUCCGAGUACAUCACCCUCAUGCAACGUUGGAUCUCGGGCAAGAUCGACGAUGUAAACAUCUUCCCUACCGACACCAACGGCGUCUCGUACGCGCAGAACCCAGCCAUGACCACGACUCCGCUCCCGCAGUUGACGAACCCUGGAGAGAAAGAUUGGAUUGGCAAGCGAAGCGGCUUCCCCGAUACCUUUGUUGAAGUCUGCCAGACUAUUUUCCGGCAGAUGUUUCGGGUAUACGCCCACCUGUACUGGGCCCACUUCAUUGAUCCCUUCUAUCACCUGAACCUCGAGAAGCAGCUUAACAGCUGUUUCAGCCACUUCGUGCUAACUGCCUGUGCCCUCGACAUGCUCAGGCCACAGGAGCUGGAGCCGAUGCAGCCGUUGAUCGACCUCUGGGCCACUAACGGAACCUUUCCCCCCGGCUCCAAGGCAUAUGAAUAUGCUAACCACCGUGCCGGAGAGCGGCUGAUGCAACUCGCGAACGUUGCCUAGGGGGCGCGUAGCCGUCAUCACCCUCGACGACAAAACUCGGGAGGACUGGCCAGGCCUGAGGUCGGCUCUAGAUCGGGGCUACAGAGCUGCCGGAAUCCCGG